CCUCUUUACGUCAUGAAGGAGCGACCGCACCAGGAUUCGUUGGCGUCAUCUAUAGACGCCAGGCGGCCUGACUAAAAGUAAUGGUGGUGCGCUGACUCCUGCGGAGCCUCGGUACCCUCAUGGCCCUGAGGGCACUGACUCGCGCCCUGGGCUCCCUGAGCCUGACGCCCCCAGCCGCUGCUGCCCUCGGCCCGGGCCUGCUGCCAGCAGCCCAGGUAACAAGUAGUACCCUUCUCCAGCUGCCCUCUUCCUCAGUGUUGAUCCCCUGCCGCCCAGUGCUUACCUCUGUGGCCCUUAAUGCCAAUGUUGUGUCCUGGAAGAGUCGUACCAAGUACACCAUUACACCAGUGAAGAUGAGGAAGUCUGGGGGCCGAAACCACACAGGACGAAUCCAAGUGCAUGGUAUUGGCGGGGGCCACAAGCAGCGUUAUCGCAUGAUUGACUUUCUGCGGUUCCGGCCUGAGCUGGAAACAAAGCCAGGACCUUUUGAAGAGAAGGUCAUCAUGGUCCGCUAUGAUCCCUGUAGAUCAGCAGACAUAGCUCUGGUUGCUGGGGGUAGCCGGAAACGCUGGAUCGUUGCCACAGAAAACAUGCAGGCUGGAGAUAUAAUCCUGAACUCUGACCACAUAGGCCGAAUGGCAGUUGCUGCUCGGGAAGGGGAUGCACAUCCUCUUGGGGCCUUGCCUGUGGGAACCCUCAUCAACAACGUGGAGAGUGAGCCUGGCCGGGGGGCCCAGUAUAUCCGAGCCGCAGGGUAUCUGUUCCUAAAGGGCAAAGCAAGGUCAGGGUAUGGGCUAUGUCGCCCUGUAAAUUUUCCCCCGCCUCCUCGUUUGUGGAAGACAGCAAAGUGGCUUCCCUCUUCCCCAGGGACAUGUGGUGUGCUGCUUCGGAAAGUGAAUGGGACAGCCAUCAUCCAGCUGCCAUCCAAGAGGCAGAUGCAGGUUCUGGAAACGUGCAUGGCAACAGUGGGCCGGGUAUCCAACGUUGAUCAUAACAAACGGGUCAUCGGCAAGGCUGGGCGGAACCGCUGGCUGGGCAAGAGGCCUUCCAGCGGGCUAUGGCACCGAAAGGGGGGCUGGGCUGGCCGCAAGAUUCGACCAUUGCCUCCCAUGAAGAGUUAUGUCAAGCUGCCUUCGGCAGCUGCCCAAAACUGAUAUCGCUGAAUUCUAAUAAAAUCGCUCCUAUUUUUA